UCACUCCACUUCGCAUUUUCUCUUAUCUGCCGACGAGUUGCCGUGGGGAAUAUCCAUCGUUUAAUUGCAGAGCGGCUCUCUACCGAAAGGGUGGUAGAUUCUAGAAAUCUAGAACCAUUUGUCGCUUUCUCCAAGCUACCUUGUUUGCUACUCGUGCGUAAACUACCUAAACUCGUGACCAAAAGAAAUCGAGAAAAAAAUUCGAGGAAUUAUAAAUUGCAAAAUUGGGGUUAAAGUAACCAUCUCCACACCUUGGUAAGCACAUGUCUCGUUAUUCCGUCCUAUCCUGCGAGCUCAAUCGUAAAUAUCAACAUAGUUAGCUAAUGCCUCCCCAGUACCAUCGCGGAAAGACCGGAGACAGGAGACGUCAGACAUCAUGGCCAACCCCGGUAUGCUCUUCGUGACUAUGCAGCCUCAUCCCGAGCUGCCACUAGCACAAUUCCACGAAUGGUAUAAUAACGAACAUGGCCCGACUAGGCUUCGGUUGCCUUUCUUCCAAAACGGGAUCCGCUAUAAGGCCGCCGACGGGAAGAAGCCCGAGUUUCUAGCUGUCUACAAUGUAACGUCUAUGCCGCUGCUGGAAACUUCAAUGUACAAGGAGCUGCGGGAGAACCGUUCAGCUCACGAAGCCGCGACUAUCGCCAAGGUGGACGUGGAGAGGCACUACUGGGACUUGGUGUCCACGAAGCAAUCCCAGCAGUUCAUCCCGAGCGCGCACUUGACAGACCUCGAGGCCGAGCGCAUAACUCUUUUCACCGUAGAGCUAAAGCUCAAGAAAGUAGCAAACGCGGAGGCUAAGACUCUAAAAUGGUACGAUGAUCACGUAGACAUGCUAUCAAGAGUGCCCGGCUGGCUGCGCUCGCGGAUCCUCCGGACGUCCAGUCUGGAGAUCGGAGCGCCUACGUCCUUCAUCGUGCUUCACGAGUUCGCAAACGAGAACAGGCUCGGCGACGUAGCGAAGAACAUAUCAGAGAGCACGCCGGGAUGGGUCGAGGUCCAGAAGUCCGCGGAGCUAAAAACGCAACGGGUAUACUCGUUGUUCUACAUAUUCGGACCGGCCCCGCGCGAUCUGGAAAACCUAGCCAAGCUCGGCGGCGAGGCAUCUAGCUUCGGGCCGGGCGAUCCCACCAACCUCUCCGUAACCUCCAACGCGGUCAUCGACUUCACCCUAACCCUAUCGGACCGCCUCGCGGUCCCGUACCGGCUCGAAGGCAACCCGGACCCCAAAGCGCCGGUGAUCGCCUUCGUGAACUCGCUGCUGACAUCGUACCACAUGUGGGACCCCUUCAUCAAGAUCCUGAAGAAGCAGCGGCCGAAGUACCGGAUCCUGCGGUACGACUUCCGGGGGCGUCACGCGAUCCCGUUCCCGCGGCCGGCGACGCUGGACCUGCUGUCGGACGACCUGAGCUACGUGAUGGCCACGCUGCGGAUCCCGAAGCUGGAGGCGCUGGUGGGCGUGUCGAUGGGCGGGGCGACGACGCUGAAGUUCGCGCUCGACCACCCGGACCGGCUGAACCGGUUCGUCGCGUGCGACUUCAACGCCGCGUCCAGCCCCGCCAACACGCAGGCAUGGAAGGACCGCAUCGCCGUCGCCGAAGGCCCCGACGGGAUGAGGAAGCUCGCGGGCCAGACGGUCGAGCGCUGGUUCCACCCGGACACGCUGAAGAAGAAGCCGGAGACCGCGCGCUGGAUCACGGAUAUGGUCGCCGAGAACAACGUCGAGGGCUUCAAGAACGGGUGCCAGGCCCUCUGGAACUACGACAUGACGCCCGAGCUGAAGGAGAGCCGGCUCCCCGGCUUAUUGGUCGUCGGGGAGGCGGAUGGGAAGGGAGCGCUGGUCAAGGCUAUGGACGGCUUUAAGGAUCAGCUGGGAAAGACUGGUGCUAAGCUAGCUGUUGUGCCGGAGGCGGGUCACUUACCUAUGUGCGAGAACCCGGAAGGUUUCUGGAAGGCCGUAGAAGGGUUUAUAUAAGUAGGUACCUACCUAGGCGGUUUGCGUUGGCCGGGCCGAAUACAUCGAAAGGACUGGCUUCCUUUUUGGAGUGUAAACUAUGGUUGUGAGUAGAUAUCCCUUCAGAUAGAUUUGAAUUUUAACAAAAUUAUUUUCACGUUCCGGCUGCUGCUAACAAUACAGGUAGGUAGGUACCUACGUAAGGGUAAGGUCGAGGUAGCCUCUGAAGUCGUCGCAGAGAAAUAGAAUCCAACAUCGCGAUCUUCUUGAUUUAACAAUCCUUACAUACCUAGGUACCUACGUCUAAGCUCGCUAUGUCGUCUUUAAGAUCCCAUUCAUCUCCUAUU